UAAAAAUCCCCCCUGCCUCUGGACUGGUUCCCUCUCAGACCCACGCACUCUACUCACACGCAUGCAUCCACACACAGAACAACACGCACACAAAAACCACUACGACCAAAUUCUGGGCCAUUCAACAGCAGCGGACCUGGACAGCCGCGCACACAUCCUCGACGGAUCCCCGGCGUGGACAAUUUUGAAUCUCCACAUCAGCCUCUGUGGAUUUCUGUCCGCGGGUUAUCUUAGAGCACGCUGCUUUGGCGGUGAUGAGGUGUGUUUGUGUAACUCAGAAAAUCCUGAUUCAUUGAAUGGAAAGCAGGAGCACUGAGACACCGCCACGUUUCCCACAUCUUGCUCACCUUCUCAUCGGUGAGGUUUGCGCAGCCGAGCCGGUGUCUGCGCUCUGCCGGGCCGGGCGCGCGUCAUCAGGGAGGACCAAGGAUGGAAUCAUUUUUCGCAGAGGGUACCCGUGUUUGGGUCAGAGAGAAGGAGCAGUUUCUUCCUGCAACUGUGAACUCCUGUGGAGAUGGAACGCUUGUGGUCACCACUGAUUAUGGAGAGGUGCUUUACCUGCAGCAGGCCGAGGUCACCAGGGAGCAGGUGUACGCCAUGCACCAGACCAGCAUCGAUGGAGUGGAGGACAUGUCAGCACUGGCUGAACUGCACGAGGCUGCCAUCAUGCACAACCUUUACAAGCGAUACCAGGAUGAUAAUAUCUAUACCAAUAUCGGCAGCAUCCUGGCAGCUGUGAACCCAUACAAACAGGUCCCAGGUCUCUAUGAUCUCGACAGGGUGGAGCUUUACUCUAAACACCACCUUGGUGAACUCCCUCCACAUAUUUUUGCUGUGGCCAACGAAUGUUAUCGUUGCAUCUGGAAAAGGCAUGACAACCAGUGUGUCCUCAUCAGUGGUGAGUCAGGGGCGGGGAAGACAGAGAGCACCAAGUUGCUGCUGCAGUUUUUGUCGGUCAUGAGCCAGAACUCUGCUGGGACUCCUCCGUCAGAGAAAACCACACGCGUGGAGCAGGCCAUUGUCCAGAGCAGUCCAAUCAUGGAGGCUUUUGGUAACGCCAAAACUGUUUACAACAACAACUCCAGUCGCUUUGGGAAAUUCAUCCAACUUCACUUCUCUGAGAGCGGAAACAUCCAAGGAGGCUGUGUUGUGGAUUAUUUACUGGAAAAGAAUCGUGUAGUGAGGCAAAACCCUGGCGAGCGAAACUACCACAUCUUCUACGCUCUGCUGGCAGGAGCCUCCAAGGAACACAAAAGUCUCUACUUCCUGGAAGAUUCUGCAGAAGCGUUUCACUACCUCAGCCAAUCAGGGUGUCUGCAGGAUAAGAGCCUGAAUGACAAAGAACUGUACAAUAUGGUUAUGGAGGCACUGAAUGUUUUAGAGUUUACAGAAGAGGAGAUCAGAGACAUGUUCAAGCUGCUGUCUGGGGUCCUACAGCUCGGCAACAUUGAGUUCAUGACUGCAGGAGGAGCCCAGAUCACCACCAAACAAGUUGUCACUAAUGCUAGCGAGCUGUUGGGUCUGGACGCCUUCCAGCUGAAUGAAGUUCUGACUCAGCGCUCCAUAAUCCUCAGAGGAGAAGAAAUCUGCUCCCCUCUCACGAUCGAGCAGGCCAUUGACUCCAGGGACUCUGUGGCCAUGGCACUAUAUUCCCAGUGUUUCUCAUGGAUCAUCUUAAAGAUAAAUCAGAAGAUCAAAGGAAAGGAAAACUUCAAAUCCAUCGGCAUUCUUGAUAUCUUUGGAUUUGAGAAUUUUGAGGUGAAUCGAUUUGAACAGUUUAACAUCAACUACGCCAAUGAGAAACUUCAGGAAUAUUUCAACAAGCAUAUCUUCUCCUUGGAGCAGCUGGAGUACAACAGGGAAGGUGUUCAGUGGGAUGCAAUUGACUGGAUGGACAACGCUGAGUGUCUUGAUCUGAUAGAGAAGAAACUGGGCUUGUUGGCUUUGGUGAAUGAAGAAAGCAGAUUCCCUAAAGGAACAGACUUCACUCUGCUGGAGAAGCUGCACAGUCGACACUCUACAAACCCCUAUUAUGUGAAGCCCAGAGUUGCGGAUCAUCAGUUUGGUAUAAAGCAUUAUGCAGGAGAGGUCCUGUACAAUGCCAGAGGAAUCCUGGAGAAGAACAGGGACACUUUCAGAGAUGACAUCCUGAACAUGCUGAAGGACAGCAGAUUGGACUUCAUCUAUGACCUGUUUGAGAAAGUUGGCAGUCGGAACAACGAGGAGAAGAUGGGAACUGCCAGACGCAAACCCACAGUCAGCUCCCAGUUCAGGGACUCUCUUCAUGCUCUCAUGGCAACUCUAAGUGCAUCCAACCCUUUUUUCAUCCGCUGCAUUAAACCCAACAUGGAAAAGAAUCCAAAUGUAUUUGACCCAGAAAUCGUCCUAAACCAGCUGAGAUAUUCUGGGAUGUUGGAGACAGUGAAGAUCCGUCGUGCUGGCUUUCCCGUUCGCAGAACUUUCAAAGAUUUCUUCUCACGAUAUAAGAUCAUUCUGAAAGACAAAGUUCCCACAGUGGGAGAUGACAAGAAAAGAACCACAGAUUUAUUACUCAAAUACGAUAAGACAAAGAAAGAGUGGCAGUUGGGGAAGACUAAGGUGUUUAUGAAAGAAUCUUUGGAGCAGCGACUAGAGAAGGACAGGGAUGAAGUCCGGCGACAGGCUGCCAUGAUAAUCCGAGCCCACUUGCUGACUUUUUCUGCAAAGAAGCAUUUCAAGCAGGUACGCGCCGCUGUCAUCACCCUGCAGAAACACCUGCGGAGGCACAUCCAACGCAGACGGUUUGUGAAGCAGCGGAAGGCGGUGUUGGUGCUGCAGAAGCACAGACGAGGUCAAGUGGCCCGUUCCCGUGUCAGAAAACUGAGAGAGGAGAAGAAAAAGAAGGAGGAAGAGCAGAAGAAGAAAGAGGAGGAGAUUAAAAAGACGGGCGAAGCGAAACAAGAGGAAGCAAAAGACGAUGCAGAGAAAACAGAAGACACAUCAGAUGAUCAAGUUCGUCAGAUGGAGGAGAUCCUUCAGCUUGAGAGGGAGAUUGAGCGCUUGCAGAAGAAGCGAGAGGACGAGGUGUCGCAGCUCUGCGAGUCCUCCAAGCAGGAGCUGCAGCUGCGCCGAGAUGCCGAGCUCAAACGGAUGAAGAAGGAGGCCUCCCGUAAAGCCACAGAACUCAUCGACCUCCUGAACUUCGGAGGUGUGGAUCCAUCUCUGGGAGCUGCUGAGGCAAAGCCUGCUGCAGAGAAUAGCCCCAAAAAAGCGAGCGCAGCUGCAGGCGCAUCCAAGGAGGAGGAAGUGGACGAAGGCUUUCAUGCUGAGGAGGAGUGCAUUCCUUUACCUGACUUUCCUCCUCCCGCCGAGUCUGAUGUGCCGAUUGAUCAGGACAUAUUUGCUCACCUCCCUCCUCCUCCACCUGCUUUUGCAGAGGGAACAGUACCCCCUGCACCCCCUCCGCCUCCAGCUCUCCCCACAGAUGGCACACCAGAUGGGAUCCCUCCUCCUCCUUUACCUCCACCUGGAGAUGGUGCUGCUGUCCCACCUCCUGCAGGCCCACCACCCCCCGGAGAAGAAAAGCAGAAAGAAGCAGCAAAGUCAGAGACAGAAAGGAAAGUGAGCAUGGUGGACAGCCUGGUGGAUGGAGAGGAGCCGAUCUACAGCAUGCCGGCUGACACAGAGUCAGACUACGACCAGGAGGAGGAAGAGGGGUCAGUCACCGCCGGAGACGACAGUUCUGUCUCUGGAAGCAACCGUGGGAGCACGGCGGUGACGGACGAGGAGCACCCGAGGAAGUCAACCUGCACCAACGCCAGCAUUGAGUCGUACAGAGGGAGCUCUGACUCUUACGCGGACAGCGACGAUGAACAUGAUGGUCUGAUGGACACAGAUGAAGAAGUGACAAACGGUAGAGUGACUUUGCUUAACGGAAACGGGCCGCCAUAUUUCCACGGCUACCUUUACAUGAAAGCUGGCCUGAUGAUCCCGUGGAGGAGGCGUUGGUGCGUGCUCAAGGAUGAGACUUUCAUGUGGUUCCGGUCCAAACAAGAGUCUCUGAAGUCUGGCUGGCUCUACAAGAAAGGAGGAGGGCUCUCCACUUUGUCACGGAGGUUGAACUGGAAGAUGCGCUGGUUUGUACUCAGGGACAGCAAGCUGAUGUAUUACGAGAACGACAGUGAGGAGAAGCUUAAAGGGACCAUCGACAUCAAAGCAGCCAAGGAGAUUGUAGAUAACCACGAGAAGGAGAAUGCUCUGAACAUUGUGACAGAUGAGAGGACGUAUCAGGUGUUUGCCGAGUCGCCAGAAGACGCCAGUGGGUGGUUUAAAGUGCUUAGCAAGGUUCGAGUGUGCACUCCUGAGCAGCUACUGGACAUGUCCCAUGAGCAAGCCAACCCCAAAAAUGCUGUGGGAACUCUGGAUGUGGGAUUGAUUGACUCCGUUUGUGCGUCAGACAAUCCAGACCGGCCCAAUUCUUUUGUCAUCAUCACGGCCAACCGUGUGAUCCACUGCAACAGCGACACGCCUGAGGAGAUGCAUCAUUGGAUCAGUCUGUUGCAGAAACCCAAAGGAGACGCUCGGGUUGACGGCCAAGAGUUCCUAGUUAGAGGCUGGCUCCAAAAAGAGAUGAAGACCAACUCUAAAAGCACGUCCCUGAAGCUGAAGAAACGCUGGUUCGUCUUGACCCACAACUCCCUGGAUUACUACAAGAGCUCUGAGCGAAACUCCUCAAAGAUGGGAACCCUGGUGCUUAAUUCCCUCUGCUCUGUCAUUCAGCCGGAUGAGCGAGUCCACAGAGAAACAGGCUACUGGAACAUCAUAGUGUAUGGCAGGAAGCAUUCCUACCGCCUUUAUACUAAGAUGCUGAAUGAGGCCAUGAGGUGGACAGCUGCAAUACAGGGGGUCAUCGACAGCAAGACCCCGAUAGAAACUCCCACUUUGCAACUCAUCAGAGACAUUAAGGAGAACAGUGUGAACCCAGAAAUAGUGGAGCAGAUGUACAGGAGGAACCCCAUCCUCAGAUACACCCAGCAUCCUCUGCACUCCCCUCUUCUGCCGCUUCCUUAUGGAGAGGUCACCAGCUUGCAAAGGCAACAGGGCUAUGCCAGCCUGCAGGACGAGGCGGUGAGAGUUUUCAACUCACUGCAGGAGAUGGAGACGCUGGCAGACACGGUGCCAAUUAUUCAGGGCAUCCUGCAGACCUGCCAGGACCUUCGGCCUCUCAGGGACGAGGUUUAUUGUCAGGUGAUCAAACAGACCAAUCACGUGCCUCAACCGAACAGCCCGGCCAAUCUGGCACAUUGGCACCUGCUCACCUGCAUGAGCUGCACCUUCCUACCAGGCCGAGCCAUCCUGAGAUACCUCCGCUUCCACCUCAAGAGGGUACGCGAGCGUUACCCCGGCACAGAGAUUGAACGCUACGCCAGCUUCGUCGGGGAAUCCCUGAAGAAGACCAAGACUCGUGAGUUUGUACCGUCGCAGGAGGAGAUCGCCGCCCUGCUGGUGAGACAGGAGAUGAGCACUACGGUGUACUGCCAUGGAGGAGGUUCCUGCAAGAUCUCCAUCAACUCACACACCACUGCUGGAGAGGUUGUUGAGAAGCUGAUCCGAGGUCUGGCUAUGGAGGACAGCAAGAACCUGUUUUCUCUGUUUGAACACAACUCCUUCAUAGACCGAGCUCUGGAGAGCAGAGUGAUUGUGGCGGAUGUUCUGGCCAAAUUUGAAAGGCUGGCAGGCAGUGAAGAAGAAGAGGAGGAGGGAGAGUGGAAACUGUACUUCAAACUCUACUGCUUCUUGGAUGUGGAGAGCAUGCCCAAAGAGGGUGUGGAGUUCGCAUUCAUGUUUGAACAAGCUCAUGAGUCUUUGAUCAGUGGUCACUUCCCAGCCUCAGAGGAAACUCUGCAGCACUUGGCAGCUUUACGCCUCCAGUAUCUCCAUGGAGAUGGAGCUGGCCGGGUUGGAUGGAGCCUGGGAAGCGUUUAUCCUAUCGGACGCCUUCGGAAUCGAAUCCUCCAUUCCACCAAACCGGGUGUUGGCGCUGCAGGCGGAGCUGGAGGAAGAGGGAGUGGAGGGAUGGGAGAUGGAAUCUGCACAAUAGGAGGACAGGGCGGGGCUGGGACAGGCACAGAGAAACGAAAGACUCCCAGCUUCCUGGACGGCACCCUCAGGAGAAGUUUCAAAACAGGUUCACUGAAGAAGCAGAAGGUGGAGGAGGAGCAAAUGCUGGAGAUGUGGGUCAAGGAGGAAACUUCUGCCACGCGAACAAGUGUUCUGGAGAAGUGGACCCGUCUGCAAGGCAUGCCGCAGCACCAGGCCAUGCUUAAAUACAUGAGUAUCAUUAAGGAGUGGCCUGGCUAUGGAUCUACUUUGUUUGAUGUAGAGUGUAAAGAAGGAGGUUUCCCUCAUGACCUGUGGCUGGGUGUGAGUGCUGAUAAUGUUUCUGUGUAUAAACGAGGUGAACCCAAACCCCUGGAGACUUUCCAGUACGAACACAUCACCUUCUUUGGAGCUUCACAACCCUGCACCUAUAAGAUCAUUGUGGAUGAGAGGGAGAUGUUUUUCGAGACUUCACUGGUUGGAGAGAUCACCAAGAUCAUGAGAGCGUACAUCAACAUGAUGGUGAAGAAGCGCUGUAGCAUCAUGUCUGUAACCAGCGUGGGCAGUUCUUGGGCCAGGUGAUCAAUCACCAACCAAUCCCAUCCCUGAGUGUAUCCAUGAAACUGCAAUGGGCAGUCACAACAACCUGCUUAUUCCUUGAGUUGAAUGAAGAGCAAGUUUGGGUAGAAAACGAGAAGCGGGUGAAGGAACCAUCUGAAAAAAAAAAACACAAAAAAAACACUAGCAUGACAAAGAAACUGUUGGGACAGUCACUUCAAAAAACAAAACCACCCGGCCGGAGUCCUGCAUGUAGAUUUUCAAGCACACUCCUCCAUUCUCUGUUGUGGAAGAAAAGUCGGUAAUAAGAAGCACAAUUUGGCUGUCAGGUGGUUUCUUUGCGUGAUGAAAGCCACUCCUCCUUGUUUAAAUCACUCUCUCAUGCCUCCUUCUUUCUCCUCUGAUUCCUUCUUCGUCUAUUUUUUUUUUUCAAAUGUUAACUGAACUCUUGUUCUUGUUGGCCCUUCCAUGGUGGAUCUGUCCAUGUCACUUACCUGUGUCACUUAUGAGAAGAGAAGUUUUCUUUUUAAUUUUUAUCUGCUUGCUCAUCAGUGCCACCGUGUGGCCACGAGUGGGAAGACAAAUGAGGCUGUAAGCAUUUCUGAAAAAAAUACUUUUAAAGGUAAAGUUUUGGCUCCGGAUGUUCUUACUCAUCUUCAGCUUGAUCAAGAGGCUUAUUUAUCUCUCCGAGUAGAUUUAUGAAUUAUCAAGGCCAUGACGACAGCUGUAUCUACAUAUAACAUAGCAACAGAACUCUGUAUAGCCACAAACAACACAUAAGCUAAGAUAUAUUUAAUGUUUUGUACUGUAUAUCACACACAAUAAUUCAAAGUAUUGACAUUUCUGCUGGUUACUGCACUGUACAGUCUAUAGAUGCCAUACUACUUGCAAAGUGGCACAUUUAAUGUAAAAUAAGUAAGUUGUGUUAAUUAUGUCUGCCAGUCUUCAUUUAAUUUGACUUCACCAAAACGUAUAAAACAGUAGAAAACUAUGGGCUGCUAAAAUCCUUAUUUUAAGCCAUAUUUGUAAAGUUUUCCAUGGUUUAUAUGUUUCUUUAUUUUACAAAGAGGAUUAGGACAAAUUUGGGCAAAACCACAAGGUUUGUCUGUAUUUCCAGCCUCCUAAAAAAUAUGAAGACAUUUAUUACUAAUACCACUAUAAUGUGAACCCACUAUCUUAACCACUCCUGUGUCUGGAUUGCUGCCGUGUGUGUGUGAUUCUGUUAAUAGUGAUAUUCAAACUGUUGAAAAGUGGAAACGAGUGCAUCAUAUGUAGUUACAUGACUAAUAAUAAUUAUUGCAAGGAACGGUGUUGUAAUUGUUGAUAGAAGGAAAAAGAACGGUAUUUCAGAGAUGGGGUACUGAGUGAAUAUUAAUAUUAUUGUUAUUUAUUGUACAGUAUUUAUUGCAUUGUCUGGUUGCGGAGGGUUGAAAAUACACUGGAAAUGUCCAGCCUCAGUGGAAGAUGAACACUGUGAACAUACAGGCUCUGAAAUGAAUUGAUUGUGCACUUGGAAAUCCAAGAGUUUUCAUGUGUGUGUGUGAGUGUGUGUGUGUGUGUGUUUUGGACUAUAAGAUGGAGAUAGAGUCACAUCAACGUCUCUGGACUGUCAGACUGCAGGUAGAUGGCAGUACUGUUCAUUAAAAAAACACAUAUACUGAGAUGCCUAUAGGUAAAGUCCAUCCUGACAAUAAAAAAUAGAAAUUUGACCCAAACAUAUUUCUUUUUUAAUACCAGAAGGUAGUCAAGUUGUGGAUUGUCAAGCAGAAACCAAACAUUUCUGCUUUUUCAAAUCUUUUUUUCAUACAGAAAAUUUUGAGUCAUUUAUUCACAGAUACAAGAUGCAAGUAUAUAAAUUAAAGUGGACAGUAUAAUAUAUAAUCUAAGUUUUCCGAAAGAUCUGUGAAAUUACAUUUUCUUUCUCCUCUGGGAUCUUAAAAAAUAAUUUUCAGAGUUGGGGCAAAUUCAGUUUACGAGUUGAUGGAGCUGAAACAGUAAGUUCUGAGAUCUUUAGGAUUCUGGCUCUGUCUGAACUUUCCCUUAAGGAGUAUUAGAAUCCCAAGUAUUUGAUCACAAAGUCAUAUCCAAGGGCAACUUCAUUGCUAAAGGUCCCAUUAUCAGCUGCAGGCGGCCAGAAUGGGGCCCAAUCUAAUCUUUGGUUUAUGCUUAUAAUUACCAUUACCUUGUUAUUUGUUGUGCUUGAUCAAUGAAUACAAAAGAAAAGAGAAAGUCAGAGAUGUUCUUUUUUUUAAUUGUAACUGGCUUUAUAAAGUUAUGCUUUAUUAAAUUAUUGACAAUUGUCCUCGAUUUAUUGUUUCCCUUGCAAACCAGAAAACGGUGUUCUUACUUUGUUUUCACUCAUUGUGUUUUGCACUAAUAAACAAACUUGAAAGGA